AUGAAAGACUCCAUACAUAACUAUAUUCAGUCCUGCUCUCAAUGCUGUAAAUUCAAUGUUCGUCGACAAAAACCUCCUGACUUACUACAAUCCAUUGAACCGCCAGCUGAAGUUUUUCAAGUCCUAGGUCUCGAUUGGUGGGGACCAGCACCUGUUUCUACAAACGACAACAAAUACGUUUUAGUCAUCACAGAUCGUUUGUCAGGCUACGUCAUCGCGAAAGCAGCCCCAACCAACACAGCUCAAACCACUGCCCAGAUUCUGAUGGAAAAUGCCAUCCUUAUUCAUGGAGCCCCCGAUAAAAUCAUCACCGAUCAAGGACAACAUUUUAACAAUGAAUUGAUCCACGCCCUCAUUUCCCUUAUCGGUUCCAAACAUCUGUUCUCUACACCGUACCAUCCUCAAACGAAUGGACAAACUGAGCGAUUUAAUGCCACGUUUGCUACACAACUAUCCAAAUACUGUAAUGAGGACAAAGCUGAUUGGGAUGCUUACUUAUCAUCCGUCGUUUAUGCUUAUAAUCAUACUCAACAUCGAUCUACCGGAUUUCCUCCGUAUCAACUUGCCUUUGGUCGUCUACCGCGUAAUCCAUUCGACGCUCCCCGAUCCGAAUUUAAAUUCACACGUCCGAAUGAUCACUGGAUACACCUCCAACGAUUCAAAACAUAUGCUAACAAAAUGGCGCGUCGCAAUAUCCAACAGCAACAAAUUGCGACCAAAUAG